AUGGACUCGGUUAUGACGCACCUUCAAGCAGCCCUCACCAUAGGGGAGGAGAUCGUGGACCGGAAUCCGAACUUCUGCUUGACAAAAUACAUGCGGCAGAUGGAGGCCAACUACGGGGGCUCUCGCGCGAGCUGGUUCCUCGGGCUUUUCAGCAUUGUCACGGUGAUUCUCUACUUCAUCGGAGGGCUUGCGCUCAUCGCGAACCUCAUCGGAUUCUGCUACCCCGCCUUCGCCAGCUUCAAGGCCAUCGACUCCCCAGACGCGCUCGCGAGCCAGCAGCUUUUGUCGUACUGGGUGAUUUUCGGCGCUUUCUUCACCCUCGAGACCUCCUUCAGCGUUCUGACAGCGGCCAUCCCGUACUACAGCAUCGCCAAGGGGUUCAUCUUCGUGUACUCCUUCCACCCCUUCACCCGGGGCGCGACCCACCUGUACGACGUCGUCAUCCGGCCCCUGGUCAUCCAGCACGUCUUGCCCGGCUCCUCCCAGGCCAAGAGAGCGCCGCCUUCGGCGGCAUCGGCCGCCGCUGCUACGGCCUCCGCCGCCGCCUCGGGUGCCUUUGGCGCUGCUGCCGCCGCCGCUUCGUCGCCGGUCCCUGAGUUUGCCGAGAGGGUGAUGAGCACGGGGGCACCGGCGGUGACAGUGCCUGCUGGGUUCGUGUCGCCCGACCUGAGCGAGCUGAGGGUGGUGGUUGUGUCGGCGAGCGACGUCGUUCCGACCGAGGCACCGGGAGCGGGCGUGGACUGCGACCCCUACUGCGUGCUGGAGGUGUUGCCGGAGGGAACGAGGCUGAAGCAGGGGGCGGCGGAGAACACCAAGUACAAGACCGUGUGCAAGACGGGCACCGCGAACCCGGUGUGGAACGAGGGAGUCACGAUCCCUCAGGUGGAGCACCUGGAUGCCAAGCUCGUGGUGACGGUCUGCAACAAGCGCGCGAUGGGCAGAGACCAAUGCCUCGGUAAGAUCGAGGUUCCGCUGUCAUCGGUGAAGGGUGCGAUGGAGCCCAGGGACAUGGUCAUGAGCCUCGCCACCGCUGACGGUGCCACGGAGCCCGCGUGCGGCGACCUCCGCGUGACGGUUCAACUCAAGUAA